AUGUCUACUACCGUGGCCAGGACUGAGCGCCUGAAACCCAUCUUUCAAUUCCCUAGGACAACAGUAAACCGCCCGAUCGUUCCUUUUCUUUCCAUCCCUCUUUCGUUACGACACGAUCCGAAGUGGACCAGAAGCCAACCCAACUUUGCUCACGAUGGAGUAAGCUAUGCUCGAGAGACAUUUCGUCGAGGUCGUGCGAUAGGAGGAAAGAAAUAUGAACGUAUGGCAAGGGCGCAGAGAGAAACCUUGAGGCUGAACGGUCGUGAGGCCGCCUUUGUCGACCCCUCCGAUCGGGUCAGACAAUGGAAUAUUGGUCCAAGGGAUAAGGUCAGGCUCUUAUCGGGUGAACCUGAGAAGAUGUUUGUCGAUCCUGAGCUCGGUCCAAAGGGAGGUUACAAGAUUUAUGAAGUCAAGAGUAUCGACAAUAAACUGAAUCGUGUCUAUCUGGACAUACCGAAGGAUGCUUCUAGGCUCGGACCGAAACCCUACAAUUGGCCGAACAUGGACGACCGUGAAAAACUUGAAUGGGUCGUGAGACGGGACGAGGAGUUGAGACAGCAGACCAAACCAGACUAUGUGCCGUAUUCUAAAGUCGGAUUGUUGAUCCAGGAGAAUACGGAGGACCCUUCCAAACAUAUCUGGGCGAAACGUAUCCAAUGCUCAGCUCCCAAGAGGGAUACUGAGCUUGGUGCCUGGACUUGGAACCGGUACGGCAUCUAUCGAGAUCCAGUGUCACGCGUCCGUCGGAUUCAAGCCAUCCCAUGGCCUCAGGAACCCGUCUCUUACGUUGCCCCGGGCCCUACUGAGGUUGCUGGAGACGUCGCAGAGGCCGUUACUUUGGAUGUCAAAGCGGGUGCCGAUCUGUUUGAAGGUAACGCCGUCAUCAGCCAGAUCCUCCCCAUACACAUGCGUGCGCCGCCUCCGCUGUCCAAGGAUCGUCAAUGGGUAUCCGAUACGUACUUGACAAACCAAGAGCCAAGUGAGGAUAUCCGUUAUGCUUAUGGGGAGGAUGCAGAAGGACACGCUGCGGAGAACAGACUUGUCGACUUGCUCAUGCCUCUGUACCUUGGCGAAGAACUCAGCCCGAGAUUCUCGUCCAGCAAGAAGCGACUCGCCUUCAAGCAUAGGCUCUCUAUAUUCGCCCAAGAAAAGGAAGACUACAUUCAGAGAGCUGUUGACGCAUGGGAGGCAGGAGGGAGAGACAGGAAUUUGCGAGCGGUCCUGAAUAGCCCGGAGGCGUUAUUGUCUGGCGUGCCGAUCACACCAAGAACCUUGAAGGAGGUGCGAGAAGCCGCAGAGCUCGAGUACAAGCGAAUCCGAGAGGCCGACAUGAGGGAUGCGUCGAAACAGAUCCGUAAGGGAAAACUGUGGGAUUACGUCAACGAGGGUUGGUUGGACACGGAAAAGUCGAAGCGGAAAGAGCGAAAGAUCCGACGCAAAGUAGAGAAGGCGAAGCUGAAGUUGGAGAGGUUGGAUCAACUCAAGCUCAGAGAGCGCAGGAACCAGGUCCUGCCCCCUGGUUUGAGCCAAAAUCCGGAAGACAAGAAGCUAGUCAGGGGGCGUAUGUAG